UAUUUAUAUGUUUUUGUUACUAUUAGAACUGCACUUCACUUAUUCCGUAUGUUAACAUCCGGACCCUAUAACAUUUGGUUUUUCGUGUUUCAGCAUGACGAUUUCAGGAUGGGUGUUCAUGAUAUCUCUUGGGUUCAAUGCAGCGAUAAGUGUAAGAGUGAGCAAUGAACUUGGAGCUGGAAACCCUAAAUCAGCAUCGUUUUCUGUUAUCAUUGUCAACAUAUAUUCUUUAAUCACAUGUGUGAUCUUAGCCAUUGUGAUUUUGGCGUUCCGUGACGUCUUGAGCUAUGCUUUCACCGAGGGUGAAGAAGUUUCGGCCGCAGUUUCAGAUCUCUGCCCGCUUCUUGCCUUCACGCUUGUCCUCAAUGGAAUCCAACCUGUCCUUUCUGGUGUGGCGGUUGGAUGUGGUUGGCAAAUGUUUGUGGCCAAAGUUAAUGUUGGAUGUUACUACAUUAUUGGAAUUCCUCUUGGGGCUCUCUUUGGAUUUUAUUUCAAGUUCGAUACCAAGGCAAGAUACUCCUCUUGCCUUUCACAUCAAUAUUCAAAUACUUACCAUUUAACUAUUUUUUGUACAUUUGACUCGUAUUAUUAAUGAGACUAAUCAUAGAAUUUAAUUUUUUUUUAUG